UUCCAGGCAGGCAUGAGAGUGGAUACUUCUCAACAAAUUGGAUGAAUCUGAGUUGCCGUUACAAAACAAGACCAUACAGGCAUCUCGUCAAGUAUUUCAACUCAUAUCAAUUGGAUGUUGUUUCCGUGCUGAUUGGAUGACAAGAUGGCGACUCCCAGGGAGGCAUGAACAUAGAAAAAUAAAGGACAUGUCGUCCCCUGGUUCCGUGGUACCUGGAACCGCCGCUGGUUCCUCUCUGCAGCCGCGAUGGAAGCGGGUUGUCGGGUGGUCUGGCCCUGUUCCCCGGCCAAGACAUGGACACAGAGCCGUGGCAAUAAAAGAGCUCAUGGUUGUGUUUGGAGGAGGAAACGAGGGAAUUGUCGACGAGCUCCAUGUAUACAACACUGCAACCAAUCAGUGGUUUAUCCCGGCAGUUCGUGGGGACAUUCCCCCUGGCUGUGCAGCUUAUGGGUUUGUGUGUGAGGGAACACGGCUGUUAGUGUUUGGAGGAAUGGUGGAAUAUGGCAAGUACAGUAAUGAUCUUUAUGAGUUACAGGCAAGCAGAUGGGAAUGGAAGAAGCUGAAGCCUAAAACCCCUAAGAACGGUCCGCCACCCUGCCCACGCCUUGGUCACAGCUUCUCUCUGGUGGGAAACAAGUGCUAUCUCUUCGGAGGUCUCGCAAAUGACAGUGAGGAUCCCAAAAAUAACAUUCCCAGAUAUUUGAAUGAUCUUUACACUUUGGAAUUGCGGCCUGGUGCGGGUGUAGUCGGCUGGGACAUACCGAUCACAUACGGAGUUCUGCCUCCUCCCAGAGAGAGUCACACCGCCGUGAUUUACACUGAUAAAACCAACAAAAAGUCUUCCCUCGUCAUCUAUGGAGGAAUGAGUGGCUGUCGUCUGGGAGAUCUUUGGACACUGGACAUUGACUCCCUGACCUGGACCAAGCCUGCAGUAAUGGGCACAGCUCCCCUACCACGCAGCCUUCACUCAGCUACCACCAUCACCAACAAGAUGUAUGUGUUUGGGGGGUGGGUGCCUCUGGUGAUGGAUGAUGUGAAGGUGGCCACCCAUGAGAAGGAAUGGAAAUGCACCAACACACUGGCUUGCCUCAAUUUAGAUGUUAUGUUGUGGGAGAACAUUUUGAUGGACACCCUGGAGGACAACAUCCCACGGGCCCGUGCAGGCCACUGUGCUGUAGCCAUUAACAACAGGCUUUACGUGUGGAGCGGUCGUGAUGGAUACCGGAAGGCCUGGAAUAACCAGGUGUGCUGUAAGGACCUGUGGUACCUAGAGACAGAGAAGCCAAAUGCCCCAUCACGGGUGCAGCUAGUCCGGGCGAACACCAGCUCCCUGGAGGUAAGCUGGGGUGCUGUGUCCACGGCAGACACCUACGUGCUGCAGAUUCAGAAAUACGACAUCCCCUCUACAGCCAGCACAGCCUCCCCAGCCCCCUCUCUCCCGAGCAACUUGCCCAAGAGCCCUGUGCCCGCCACUCCCAUGCUGUCUGCCCAGAGCCUCCCUCAAGUGGGCAGCACACUUGUGCCCCAGACCGCUUCCCCGAGUGCCUCUGGCUUGCCAGUCUUGUCCAACACGCCAGGAAGCCCCCUGGUUGCCUCCCCUGCUCGGGGGCCAGCCAUCCUUAAAGUUGCAGCUACUCAGUCUAGCACUGGGGCUUCAUUUGUCACUGUGCGUCCAGCAAACCAGGCUGCAAAAUCUCCUGUCACUGUGACGUCACUUCCUGCUGGUGUUCGUAUGGUAGUGCCAGCACAGAGCACCCAAGGAGCGCCAAUAGGCAGCAGCCCCCAGAUGAGUGGCAUGGCAGCUUUAGCUGCAGCUGCUGCCGCCACCCAGAAGAUCCCACCCUCGUCUGGGGCCACUGUGCUCAACGUACCAGCUGGAGCCACCAUUGUUAAAACCAUGGCAGUGACCCCAGGCUCCACUGCAGUUAAGAUGGCCUCUCCAGUUAUGGUGAGCAAUCCUGCCACCACCUUGCUAAAGACUGCUGCGGCCCAGGUGGCCACACCCACCCUGUCCAGUGCGACCACGCCCACUCGUCCCAUCAUCACCGUGCACAAAUCUGGCACAGUCACAGUGGCCCAACAGGCCCAAGUGGUCACCACUGUCGUAGGAGGAGUAACCAAGACCAUCACACUCGUCAAGAGUCCCCUUUCCAUGGCCGGAGGAGGCACCUUGAUCUCCAGCCUUGGGAAGGUGGUGUCAGUGGUACAGAACAAACCAGUGCAGACUUCUGCUGUGACUGGACAGGCUUCGACCAGCCCCGUCACUCAGAUCAUACAGACUAAAGGCCCACUUCCAGCUGGCACCAUUCUAAAACUGGUGACAUCAGCAGAUGGCAAGCCAACCACCAUCAUCAGCACCACUCAGGCAGGUGGAGCAGGGAGCAAGCCUACGAUCCUGGGCAUCAGUGGCAUAACACCUGUCAGCACCAGCAAACCUGGAACCACCACCAUCAUCAAGACCAUCCCCGUCUCUGCCAUCCAACAGGGCGCCGCAGGUGUCGCUAGUAGCACAGGGCUAAAGAGUCCCAUCACCAUCAUUACCACAAAGAUGAUGACCUCUGGCACUCCUGGCAAAAUCAUCACAGCAGUACCCAAAGUUGGCACGGCAAUGGGACAGGGACUGACUCAGGUGUUGCUGAAGGGAGCACCGGGCCAGCCUGGUACCAUCCUACGCACUGUGCCUAUGGGUGGAGUUCGCCUUGUUUCCCCUGGGUCUGGCGUCAAGCCGACAGUUACUACGCUUCUUGUCAAAGGAACAACCGGUGUCAGCACUUUAGGUACAGUUACAGGUACAGUGUCCACCAGCCUGGCAGGAGGAAGUGUGGUCAGUGCCAACGCAUCCUUGGUGACGCCCAUCACCACGCUGGCUACCGUCAGUACACUGUCCAGUCAGCUGCUCAGCGCGAGCGGGAUCACCACUCCUGCAGUCGUCAGCAGCCAGAGCCACACCACCUCCGUGCAGCCUACGCAGGUGACCUUGAUAACCACGCCCAGUGGUGCAGAGGCACAGCCUGGGCAGGACCUACCCGUCUCCUUCCUGGCAUCUCCCACCUCCGAGCAGCCAUCGUCCAGCGAGCCGUCCGCAGACGCAGCAGCCUCCAUUUCCCUUGUCUGCUCCAAUCCGCCGUGUGAGACACACGAGACCGGCACCACUAACACCACCACCACAGCAUGUGCCAGCAUGGGCACUGAACACACUGGCACGGUGCAGAGAGUCUGCUCAAACCCGCCCUGCGAGACCCACGAAACGGGCACCACCAACACGGCCACCACAGCUUCAGCUAACAUGAGCAGCAACCAGAUGGGGGCGGUACAGAGGGUGUGCUCAAACCCGCCCUGCGAGACCCACGAAACGGGCACCACCAACACGGCCACCACAGCUUCAGCUAACAUGAGCAGCAACCAGAUGGGGGCGGUACAGAGGGUGUGCUCAAACCCGCCCUGCGAGACCCACGAAACGGGCACCACCAACACGGCCACCACAGCUUCAGCUAACAUGAGCAGCAACCAGAUGGGGGCGGUACAGAGGGUGUGCUCAAACCCGCCCUGCGAGACCCACGAAACGGGCACCACCAACACGGCCACCACAGCUUCAGCUAACAUGGGCAGCAACCAGAUGGGGGCGGUACAGAGGGUGUGUUCAAACCCGCCCUGCGAGACCCACGAGACCGGAACCACCAACACGGCCACCACAGCUUCAGCUAACAUGGGCAGCAACCAGAUGGGGGUACAGAGGGUGUGUUCAAACCCGCCCUGCGAGACCCACGAGACCGGAACCACCAACACGGCCACCACAGCUUCAGCUAACAUGGGCAGCAACCAGAUGGGGGCGGUACAGAGGGUUUGUUCAAACCUGCCCUGCGAGACCCACGAGACCGGAACCACCAACACGGCCACCACAGCUUCAGCUAACAUGGGCAGCAACCAGAUGGGGGCGGUACAGAGGGUGUGUUCAAACCCGCCCUGCGAGACCCACGAGACCGGAACCACCAACACGGCCACCACAGCUUCAGCUAACAUGGGCAGCAACCAGAUGGGGGCGGGACAGAGGGUGUGUUCAAACCCGCCCUGCGAGACCCACGAGACCGGAACCACCAACAUGGCCACCACAGCUUCAGCUAACAUGGGCAGCAACCAGAUGGGGGCGGGACAGAGGGUGUGUUCAAACCCGCCCUGCGAGACCCACGAGACCGGAACCACCAACACGGCCACCACAGCCACCUGCAACAUGGAGACGGGAGAGGGGUCAGCCCAACACAGUGGGGAGGUGUCGGAGGGAGCUGGCGGCCCAGACAGCCUAAACACUCCUGCAGUCCCUCAAAACCGCGCCAUCACAACAGUUACCCAGGCAACGCCAGUACCUGGCCCUGCUGUUCCUUCUCUCAUAUCAAUCACAGAGCCAUCUUCGGAAGCACCGGUGGAGGCUGGAGUGAGUGAUGCAAGUAAUGCAGGUGGUGCAGAAGCAGAGGUUGAGCCUAUGCAGGUGGAGAACCAAUUGGAGUCAGCAGAGCAGGUUGCCGCCAUGACAACAGAGGCAGGACAGAUGGAGGGUGUGGAGGGAGUUGUAGCAUCCCAGCAUGCCGAGGCACUGGCAUUACCCCCGGAGCUGAUGUCCGAGGGACAGCCCACCACUCUCAUGGUGACUGGGCUGACUGCUGAGGAUCUGGCGGUCACAGCUGCAGCGGCAGUGAGUGACGAGGCUCAGGCCCUGGCCAUCCAGGCAGUGCUGCAGGCCGCCCAGCAGGCUGUGAUGAGUUCGAGCGAGGCCGAGGGCGGGGUCAUGCCAGGUGAACAGCAGAGUCACGCCAUCCCUAUCGUGCUGACGCAGCAGGAGUUGGCUGCCCUUGUGCAGCAGCAACAGCAGCAAGAGGAGGCGGAGCAUGGGGCGGUGCAACAGGUCUCUGCUCCGCCCACCGUGCCAACUGAGGGCCUGGCCCCCGCAGAUAGCCUCAACGACCCUGCCUCUGAAAGCAACGGUCACAGUGAAAUGUCUGCCGCGGUUUCCAGCACAGUGGCUGUACUGUUGCCAAACGCUACAGCUGAGACUUUAGCACCGUCCAGCACCCUGGCUCCUGCAGUUAUCGCUGCUCCAGCCAGCCUGCAGGCUGCCGCCACACACUCCGAGGUAGCCAACGGCAUUGAACCCACGAAACCACACCCUCCGACUGAGGUAGUUAAACCCCCAGUGAAGAAGGAAAACCAGUGGUUUGAUGUUGGCAUUGUCAAAGUGACCAACAUGGUCGUAACGCAUUAUUAUGUGCCGACCGAUGACUCGCCAUACGUUGAGGGUGAUUCUGGAACAGUUCCUGACUACAACCAGAUGAAAAAGGUGGACUUGCAGUCAGGAACAGCAUAUAAAUUCCGCGUGGCCGGCAUCAACACGUGUGGCCGUGGCACCUUUUCCGAAAUAUCAGCAUUCAAGACCUGUUUACCAGGCUUCCCUGGGGCACCGUGUGCUAUAAAGAUCAGCAAGAGCCCAGAUGGUGCCCACCUCACAUGGGAGCCCCCGUCUGUGACGUCAGGGAAGAUCAUGGAGUACUCCGUUUACCUGGCCAUCCAGAGCUCACAGACUGCUGAGGUCAAAGCUUCAACUCCGGCACAGCUGGCCUUUAUGCGGGUGUACUGCGGGCCCAACCCCUCAUGCCUGGUGCAGAGCUCCAGCCUGGCCAACGCCCACAUCGACUACACCACCAAACCCGCCAUCAUCUUCCGCAUCGCCGCUCGCAACGAGAAGGGCUACGGUCCUGCCACCCAAGUCCGAUGGUUACAAGAGUCAAGCAAAGAUGGCAUCUCUGCUAAGCCAGGUCCAAAACGAGCAGUGUCCUCACCAGAUGUCAAAGGGAGUGUGAAGAAGGCAAGAACAGAGCAGUAGGGUUAAUGGUGAGCAGACUCUGCCCCCUCACCCUGCCCUUUCCCAGAGCAGCAAGACUGAAACUUCAUCCGGUGUUCAACAUUCAUGUCAAUGUCACAUCACAGUGGAAAAGACACCAGUCAGAAAAUGAGCAACUUGUUCUAGAUUUCCCCCCCCCCCCCCCUUUUAAGUGAAAGGAUCAAAUAAGCACAUAUUACUCCUUUUGGGACUUUUUCUUCAGAAGCAUCUUUUUUUGGAAGGAAUAAAAUGAGCUUUUUAGUAGAGUCUUCCUUAUCUCCAUUUCCUUUUCAUUCAUAUGUCUUUUUGCUUCAAUAAUUUCACAAUCUGUUUAAUGUAAUAUAAACAGCCUGCUAUACUAUUGGCUUGUCUAAAAUGGAGCUGCUUGUCAUGUUAGACGAGUGGAAUGGAGGGAAAUCGCUCGUUAGGUGAGUGGACUCGGUGGGUGUGACAGAACAUGAGUGGGUGUGGCAGGUGUCUGUUUUUGUUGUUCUUUGUUUGUUUGUUUUUUAAGGGGGCAGUAAAAACCGAGCAAAAGCACUUGUCCUUAGACAAAGGGAGGAUGUGUUGUGUUUCUUUUUUUUGGGGGGGGGGGGGGGGGUUUCUCUCUUUUCUCUUUGUGGGAAGACUGGUUCAUUAAUGUAAGUUCUGCACACCCUUCAAGUAUCUUUGUGAAGCUAUCACUGAGUACUUUUGGCAUGAAGAGGAGACUGGCAGAAACAUGGACAAGAAAAGAUGAGGUUUUACUGAAGGGAUGCAGAUGCUGCAGGACUGAGACUUGGUAAACAUGAAAACAUUACAAAAAAAUCCAAAAAAUUAGCAAGUAAUGAUGCAGAAGACCUUUUGUGUAGUUAUUUUUGUAUUUUUUAAAAGCUUCUUUCCUGCGUGUUAAUGUGUAUGUUGGUGUGCAUUUUUGUUCUUGUUUGUUUUUUGUGGUACAUUCUUGGUCAUCCCCUGAGAUUCAAAGCGAUUGUGGGCAGAGUGUAUGAAAGCUUGACUGGUUUAGUGCGCUUGGUAUAAUGGUGUGUGAUGUAAAGUGUGCUGGCAGUGUUGACACACUGAGGUGUGGUGUAGCUGAAUGGAGUUGAAAGAGCCUUCCGCAUACAGGCAGGGGUGUGUCGCCAACUUUGUUUACUUCAGAUUUUUUAUGCUUGUUCCAUUUAGUGUAUGUUGUACGCCAACCACGGAGAUGUCCUACCAAGCUUUUUUUUUUUUUUGUGUGUGUGUGUGUUCUCCAUGUCCUGUAUUCCCAGGGUUGAUCUGCUCACUCUGGCUUUCCCUCUAGCUUUUUUAGAAUGUUCCAGAAUCGGGAUUUGUAGAUUUUUCUCUGCUCUAGAUUGUGAAGGAAGUUGUCCAUGUGAAACUUAAUAAAUUUUUACUUUC